GGGACAGAGAAGCGUAUUGCGGAAGUGUGUGAAACAGAGUCAUAUGACCAGGUAGAAAACCAGGAGAAAAUGCCACCCCGAUAUGGGUAAACUGCACCGGACACGGCGCCUAACAUCCACAAUCAGCACAGCAACAGUGACCUGAACUCGUUUCCGAACCCGGUGGACAUCCGUGAUGGAGGAAAUCAAAGCGUCUCCUGAUUAUAACUGGUUCAGAAGCACAGUGCCUUUGAAGAGAAUCAUUGUUGAUGAUGACGACAGUAAGGUGUGGUCGCUGUAUGAUGCCGGCCCAAAGAGCAUCAGGUGUCCCAUCAUCUUCCUUCCUCCAGUGAGCGGAACAGCUGAGGUGUUUUUCCACCAGGUGCUGGCUCUGACAGGCUGGGGCUACAGAGUAAUCUCGCUGCAGUAUCCUGUGUACUGGGAUCUCAUGGACUUCUGUGAUGGAUUUCGGAAGCUUCUGGAUCAUCUGCAGCUGGACAAAGUCCAUCUCUUUGGAGCCUCCCUGGGUGGAUUCUUGGCUCAGAAGUUUGCAGAGUGCACACACAAGUCCCCCCGAGUCCACUCUCUGAUCCUGUGUAAUUCAUUCAGCGACACCUCCAUCUUUAACCAGACUUGGACAGCUAACAGUUUCUGGUUGAUGCCAGCCUUCUUGCUGAAGAAGAUUGUUCUCGGGAACUUUGCUAAAGGUCCCGUGGACUCUAAAAUGGCAAAUGCAAUUGACUUCAUGGUGGACAGGCUGGAGAGUCUGAACCAGAGUGAGUUAGCUUCGCGGCUAACACUCAACUGUCAGAACUCGUAUGUGGAGCCACACAAAAUAAAGGAUGUUGCUGUGACCAUUAUAGAUGUGUUUGAUCAGAGCGCUCUGUCGCUGGAGGCCAAGGAGGACAUGUAUAAACUGUAUCCCAACGCCAGAAGAGCUCAUCUGAAAACAGGAGGAAACUUCCCUUACCUGUGCAGGAGCGCAGAGGUCAACCUCUACAUACAGAUUCACUUGCGUCAGUUCCACGGGACAAGAUACGCUGCCAUAAGUCCCGACAUGGUGAGCGCUGAGGAGCUGGAGGUGCAGGAGAGCCACCGGACGAGUAAUGAGGAAACUUGAAGGCGGACCGUGGGAUGACGUUUAGCCGCCAGCUGCUUCCUCUGAACAUUUCCAGCAGCUGCUGUCUCCCUCCUCCUGAACUCACGAGACUCUGAGGAGGACGUUCACUGGAUGUUCUAAAAACUUUCUAUGGAGCCCAACAGUCAAUCAGGAAAUCCAGAGAAUAUUUUUGACAGAAGCAAUAUUUUGGUAAUGACUUGUAUACAAAUGGUAUUCCACUGCUUUGCUUUAAAAACAGACGACACCUUGCCUUAUGUGAAAAGAAUCAUUGCACUUAUAAACUGCCCAAACUUAGUUCAUGUAUAUGUAUUAUAGAAAUUGUUCCAGCGAUGAACUGAACACACUGGUUGUAGACAUGUAUAGCUCAGACAAUUUGUAUAACGCACUGAUAUAAAAUUAUUUCUAUUUCAGUUUUCUAUUUUUUUCCUCUUAUUUUAUGUUAUGCAUUUCUGUAUGUCGCUGUAAAAGAUGCAGAACGAUGUGAAAAUUUGCCUGAAGGAAGAAAAAAAACAAAACAUCUCUUCAGGUUGAGUGUAUAAUGCAAUUAAAAUGUGAGCCGUUAGACUGA